UACAUUUGGUUCCAUUUAGAUGGCUGACAUUAUUGAUGACAGCGAGUGCUUCUGCAUAGUAUGCAUCCACGUCCUGGACAACUUUGUCAAACUAAAGCAGAGUGUCAUGACGAUCAUUUUAAACCCUGAAGCUACUUUUACAGCUAUAACACCCGGUUUAGGUCCAUUUUGGCACUUUGUCGCCCAGAACAUUAAGAAAAAAGACCCGGACGUUGACUAUUACAACCCGUCGCCCCCCGUUACCAAUGUAACGACGACGGCUUCGCCUUCGACCUCUUUCAGUCAAGAAAACUCCUCUUCGCGAGGCCCCACGCCUUUACUACUCGUAACUAAUGUGAAAACUUAUAACGAAACCCUCGAAAGAUUUGUGGAAAAUCGGGAACGUAUUCGGUCCGAGUCCAGGAGAGAGAGAGACCUUCAGAGUGAAAUAGUUGGCAAGAAACGCGGUAGGCCCAAAGAGAACCGAUCGGACUCCACCAUAAGGAAAAUGAGGGACGACAUAAUCAGUUCUUUGAGCGAACAUUCCAGUCGUCCAGUGAGUACAACUUCAGAAAUGUCGAUCGUGAGUUAUAAGGGAGACAGUGACAGGAGGUCGAAGAGUAGGUCGGUUUCGCGUGGUUCCAGAAAACCUGGUUCCCAGUUUGCGGAUUUCUCUGCCCUAGAGGUGAGCCGGAAAAAGGAAAUUGAAGAAAGCGGGUUUGUAUGCACGUUAUCCGAAUGCAAAAACAGCGGCCGGGAAUCGUUUACUAUCUCCAAUUACAACAAGCAUAUGCGGGAGGUGCAUAACCGGAUGUGUCUUUACCGAUGUGUGGUUUGCGGAAACGAAUAUUUCACCAAGGAACAAUUGGACGAACAUACUUCGGAGAAACACGACGUUUCGCCCAUACUGUGCCGGUUAUGCUUAAAAAUGCAAGAGAACUCGCGUUCUUUCCAAGCGCAUCUAGACGAGCAUCGCAGGUACCAAAAGUGCUGCAGCCUGUGUGAUUUAUCGUUCCUAACUAAAAAGGAUCUCAAUCACCAUAUUUACUUAAGCCACAGAAGGAAAGGCGUCGACUCCAAAAGGAUAUUCACCGAAUCCAGACAACAAAUAGGAAUCAAACGUGUAAUAAUCCACAAGCCGGAGGUGCCGAAUCGUUGUUUACCGGUCACGAACAACGACCGAUACAGUUACCGGAAAAUAAACAUCCAACGAAACAGCAGAGGUCCGGAGGAGUUUAGACCUCGCAACUUUAAGGAACUAUUUCACAUACAAAAGGAGCGCAGAAACAAGAGGACCGUGAACGGUUUACGGUACGUUGGCGCGAGAAACAGGAAAAUAUUCCCAUUGGGAGAUUCCGUUUAUUAUAACGAGAGUCUCGACGAUACCAUCCAAAGGUCCGAAGCGUGUUUUCCUUCUCCGUACACUUGUCCUACGGAGGACGAGUAUCGGCCGUCAAGUAGAACUGUCGCGCCAUACGAUCGGUUCCAUUUUGCUUAUGACGAUGAUGUCAGGUUCGUCGAUUAUGACGACGAAGUGGAGGAGAUAAAUCGGUACCAUUCGGGACGGUCUGAAUUCGGUAGAUCCGAGUCUGGUCGAAGUUCCCGGUACGGAAUGUGCGACAGUCGAACGUCUCAGUACAGUUCGUCGCAAGAAUCUGCGGUGCAAAAAUUCGAGACUGACAGUGAGGAGGAAAAUCGUGAAUUGCACGAACUCAAUAAUCACGAAGACGACGACAGUUUGGAUUCCGAACCGCAUUAUUACGGAGACUGUCCGCCGCCAGAAGAACAACAACAACAAAACGAUUCCGAUGCGAGCUAGUGAAACUGUCCAUUGUAGAUGUUGUUUGUUAGAUAACCUAAGUGAGACUUUAUGAGUAUGUUUAAUAGAGCUCUAUUUUCGUUGGUAGAUGAAUGAACACGUUAGUUUUGAGAGUAGGGGACCUGUUUUUACUGAUCUUGACUUUGCAAUCAAAUGUUUUCAAGCAGCUUUAGGAAUUACAGUGUCACACCUGUAAUCUGGGAUUGAAAUACCAAAAUCCAUUUUAAUGGCAAUAGUGGCUCAAGAAUAUUCAUUGAAUAAGUAAAAGCAACAAAGUUCUUCAUUUUGGUCAAUUUAUAUACAUUAAAGAAGAAAUUUAUAUACACAAAAGGUGUGUUUAGUACAAAUUAUUUUAUAUAGUACUAAAUUCCAUUAAUAAUUUGUACUAAGAAUAGCCUAUUUCACGUUGUUCCAACCCAAACAACUAGUUGCUAUUUUGUGAAACUAAUUCUCAACAUAUCUCACUAGAAAAGGUAAUUAUCGAUUUACAAUCACUUUUUGUAUUCCAAAAACCCUCUCUAACGUUUCCUUCUUUUAGAGUUACUGUAAAAACGUAACCUCCUUUAGUGUACAUACAAACAUUGUAAAUACUUUGGUUUUAUAUAAUACUAUGCACAUAAGAGUCUAUUAUUGUAAUUAGUCAGUAGAUGUUGUAAGCCGAUAAAGCACAAUAGAUAGAAAGAUUUUGCCCGAUUCCUGAAUUAAAUUAAUUAAGACAAAGUACAACCAGUAGAAGUAAUAAAUGGCAGCAUCUUUCUUAACCACCAAAGUUUCGUUAAAAACAUGUGUAUGUAGAUUAUAUUUUGUAUAUAUAAAUAUAGUUUUUUUUUGACAUGAAUGAAUAA